AAGCUCAAAAAUCCUAAUCAACAUCAACGAACAACUAAACAAGUACAUUAAAACCCAAUAAAAUAGAAAAAGUAAAGCCAAGUGUGUAAGUUUCUUUGAAGGUCACUAUCUUUGAGAUUCCCACAUGCCAAAAAGACUACUAUAUAUGACUAGUGAGCCAUGGCUAGAAACUAAAUCCGAACAAGUAGAGUAAGAAAAAAAGAAGCAAAGAAAAACAGAGAAAAUGGCAGGAUUGUUUGAUAAACAAGCCGAUCUAUACCUAGACGCAAGACCUAAUUACCCCUCUGAGUGGUUCUCGAAGCUCGCUGAUCUCACCGAUCACCACGGUUUAGCCUGGGAUGCCGCCACCGGAAACGGUCAAGCCGCUCUCGCCGUUGCAGAUCACUACGAGAAAGUCAUAGCGACGGACGUCAGCGAAUCGCAGCUGAAGCUAGCAACACCGCAUCCGAGGAUCAGUUAUCGCCACACGCCGCAGUCGAUGACCAACGACGAGUUAGUGGAACUAAUCGGAGGAGAGAACUCGGUGGAUCUAAUAACGGUCGCUCAAGGCGUACACUGGUUCGACCUCCCAAGAUUCUACGCAGUCGCAACGCGCCUCCUCCGGAAGCCCGGGGGAAUCAUCGCCGUCUGGGGGUACAACGACGUCAUAGUGAGUCCAGAGUUCGACCCCAUCCAGUAUCGUUUCCACUCCACAACGCUGCCGUUUUGGAAGUAUCCGUACAUCCAGCACAUCUUCGAUUCGUACGAAGCAUUGCCGUUUCCUUUCGAAAGUGUGGGGAUGGGAUCUGAAGGAAAGCCAUUGAAGCUUGAGAUGCCUAAGACGACGUCUUUUGAAGGGAUCAUGAGGAUGUUCAAAUCAUGGUCGGCUAUCGUCACGGCGAGAGAGAAAGGAGUCGAGUUGUUACCGGAGAGCUUGGUGAAGGAGCUUGAGCAAGCUUGGGGAGGUUCUGAUCUGAUUCGUCCCGUCGUUUACAAAGCUUUUAUGAUCGCAGGAAAAGUUAGAGUUUAAUCAUAACAUUGCAAAAAUGCUGGACGAAUCAAACAAAAUACACUAUUAAAAACGUUUACAUAUAUAUAUUAGAAUCCUUUUUGUUCGUU